AUGCAUCCCACGCAUUCCACUAACUCAUCCAAAUCACCAUCUUCCUCCAUGCCCUCCCUACCUCUCGAAUUCCUCACCACAUUCUCCUCCCUCCUCAUAUCUAGCCACCGUAACAUCAACCGUUUCUACCCGCGUCUCCUCGCAAGUUCCUCUUUCCUCUCCCAUCCCCUCUUUCCUCUCCCACUAACCUCAUCCCAGCCACAAGCACUCCUCCUCACACCAAAUUUCCUCACAUGCCCCCAAAACCCUUUCAUAUCGAAUCUCCUAAACGCAAGCAUACUCCUCCUCCCCGUCAUUCUACUCUUCCGACUUUACAAACGAGGGGUUCAUGAGAAAUUUCAUGAUUUCGUCGUUCCGUUUGCGUUUUGUAUUGUGUGGGGAUUGUUUAUUUUUGAGGGGAAGGAAGAAAUGAUCAAGACUGAUGUUGUGGUGUUUAAUAUGUUUCCUUGGUUGAUGUUUGCGGGGUUGUUGGGGAGUUGGGAACGCAGAGGAAGUUCCUCCUCCCUCCCCACCCAUCCCCGCCCACCCAUGUUUAUUUUUGAGGGAAAGGAGGAACUGGUGAAGACUGAUGUUGUGAAGUUUAAUAUAUUUCCUCGGUUAGUGUUUUUGGGAUUGUUGAUGAGUUGGAUUUGUAAAUAA